AUGGAGGUUGCUGGCUUCGUUAUCGGCGCUGUCUCUAUGGCUUCUCUUCUCUCUACCUGCAUGCAGGGAUAUGCGGCUCUCCUCUCAGCCCAAAAUCUCGGCAAAGACGCGUCCAAACUCCUCUGCCAGCUCGAGAUCGAAGAAGCGCGCUUGAUGAUGUGGGGACGAAGUGUUGGCCUUCUUUCACCAAGUAACAGCGAUGGCAAGACUAGUGGGUGCACCAUUGCACUGGAAAACGCGCAGACAGUCAUGCAAAUUCUCGUGCAGAUCUCGAGCAUCACAAACGAUGCAAAGGAGCUCAAGAAGCGGUACGGACUUGAUGUAGAACUGUCGGGAACAAAUGAUAAUGUUGGAAGCCGGAGUUACAUCCAGGGUUUGCGUUCGCUGCGUGAACAAUAUUCUCGCGAGCAGGAGCGACAAUCGUCGCUCACGUCUACUGUCCAGUCUCGCUCUUCUCUCUUCCAAAAGAUCCCCUGGGUAUCUGUGGACAAAGAGACGUUCUCUGACCUUGUGACGCGGCUUCGUGGCUAUAAUGACACACUCUUAGGCAUGCUCGAGUCAGCAUCGCGCCUGCAGUUCCAAAAUGACUUCCGGGCUCUCUGCCUCGAAGCAUCGGCGAUGAAAGACAUGCUGAAAUUGCAGGUGAUACAAGGGGCGGCUGGCAACCAGUACAAAGAAAUCGCCCUACCUGCCGGGCACAAAAUCUUGCGGCUGAAGCUAGAGAUGGAGUACACGCAAAGGUUUGAAGCAAGGAGUAAUGGCUCGUCGUCACAAGGGGGUACUAUUCGUGACUCACUCCAACUACCGAAUCACAAAGUUCAUGUUCUGGAGAUUGGAGCACCUCGUUCCCUGGGCAUGUACAGGAAUCAGCAGGUGAUGGUGGAAUGGAGAAGCUUUGGAGACUCCGUCACAUCGGUGAACGACGAACUUCUGCAGCGCCUGCAAAACCUUACACGACUUCUACAUCACACAACCCCAAAGCCAGAUGAAUUUCGGGUGCUCAGUAGCCAUGGCUUUCUCACUGAGGAACAGCCGGCGCGGUUUGCAUUCAUCUUUCAACCACCAUCCCUCAGCAAUUGCACUCUCAUUACAAAGUUCCCAGACUCCCUGAAUGAUCUAUUAUCAGACGAUAACCCCCGUCGUUACCGCCCAUCCCAAACUUCCCGCUUUCUUCUCGCAAGGCGUUUAGCCACGUCUCUCCUUCACCUGCACAGCACAGAUUGGUUGCACAAAGGCAUUCGCAGCCACAACAUCCUUCUUUUUGGACCCGGCGACCGCUCCUCCUCAUUGUCCAUAUCGAAACUUAUCGAAGAGCCGUUUAUAGUGGGUUUUGGGUUCGCCCGUCUCAGCAGCGCUUACGAUGCUACUGAACCGGUCGACAAUGAUCCAAUCUAUGCACAAUAUCGACACCCGGAUGUACAAGGCGAAGAGCGAGAGUCAUUUAGCAAGAAAUACGAUGUGUACAGUCUAGGGCUGAUCUUGAUCGAGAUUGCCUACUGGAAACCUUUGCGGAAGCUUGUGAGCGAGAACCGAAAUGCUUCGGAAAAUUUGAAACGGUUGAAGAGGGAUGUGCUGGAGAGUGGGGAUCUAGCGCAUUGGAUGGGAGAUGUGUAUAAACGCACUGUGGAAGUGUGUCUAAGCUCCUGCUCUAAAAGUGCCAAAAUGUUGUGGAGCCGCUUCGUCUCGCUGUUGCGCUUCCGGGUCGUGCCGCAUUCCGCUUCCACCUUCUUUAAUACCUUCAACUCUGUUUCCACCAGUUGCACCACACCCAGACCGUUCUUCUCCGUCUCCCAGAUAUUAGCCUGCUUUUCGAGAAGUAUCUUCACUGCAUUGUCAUUUCCGCACAUGGCUGCCCAAUGCAACGGUGUCCCGCCUAAGAAUUCAUCUUUGCACUCCAAGAACUUCAGUGCCUGA